UAGACGUUAUUCCCAGAAAGCGGUGAAAAUAUUUCUUCGAUUGAAAAUUAAAGUUGACAGCAGAAGUAAUACUGAGUUUAUAAGUAAAAAUCUGUUGAAAAUCAUAAAAAUUAUUUAAAAUUAUCAGCUACCAUAGCCCUUCCAAUCACAACACAAUUUGGGUAAAGCACACCGAGCAACAACGGUGACAUUAACAACGUCAUCGGUGCAUUGUUCGUGACUCGUCUUCAAAAUUCCAAUACACUUGCAGACGUAUAUAUUGGCGAAGGUAAAGGCAAAGAAGGAAUAAAUGUAAGUGCAUGGGAAAAGUCGCAUAAAAUCUAUCCUCGAAACCUUCGCAACGAUUAAGUUCUGGUACGUGCAUAUGCACUUGUGGUGCAGCAUCAAAGUCAGUGUAAUCUAAAAGUGUGCAUAACUGAAGUUAUAGUGAGAAAGUACAGUGAAAAUCGAUUUGCCAUUCUGUUGUGGUUUGUGAACAUUUAAAACGGAUACUUAAACGCAAUGGCGACAUCAACAUCGGUAUCGGCAUCAGGUUCGGCAUCGGCAUCCACAUCAGCAUCGACCUCUGGAAAUACGGGCAUCGGCUCCCCCUCUACAUCGGUUAUAUGUGAAGAGGUCUUUGAUGAGACUGAACCCAGUGCUGAAGAAAUCCAUGAUUAUGCUAUGAUGGUUGGCAUUGAUCCGGUUAAAGAACCUCACUUACUAUAUUUGGCCAAAGAAGGUUUGAUGCAGGCAUUGCCAACCGAUUGGAAAAUAUGUUAUUCAGAGGAGAAAUGUGGACACUAUUAUUACAAUAUUAAAACGAAACAAUCACAAUGGGACCACCCGCUCGAUGCGGUCUACCGAGAAUUAGUUGAACAGGCGCGGCAAAAGCACACAGCAAUAGCGGCCACACCUGUCAUCGACAACUCAGACGAUGCGUCGCAACUGGACUCAGGCAUACGUAGCCUACAAGGUAAUGAUGAAUGCGACAACACCAACAAUACAAAUGAAAUGUCUUCACCGGUAAGCAAUGUAAAUACCAAUUGCACUGCAAGGUCUGUGAAUAAUGCAGUAGCUGCUGCAACUGGUAUAGGUGCCAACGCUGCGGGUAUUGCUGGCAUUGGAUUAACAAAUAAUUCAGGUUCGACUUCGAAUAGUACAAGCACAAGUGGGUUUAGUGGCGGAGUUAGUCGUUUCUUAGAAUCCAGAAGUAAAAAUUUUGGUUUAAACUUUCAACCCGUGAAAGGAUCUCGUUUCGAGGUAUCGAAAACAAACCCUCAAAUAACUUUAGCAAUGAAAUUCGGCGGAGAAGGUUUUUCUUCGAAGUUGGCAGCGAACAAAGUUGAAACCGACGGUGGUGCUACAGGUGGUGUAGAUAAGCGAGCUUUUGUGUUGUCCGGUACUGGUGCGAUGUUCCUAAAAUCGCGCAAGCAAAUGGAAACUGGGUUAAAUCAAGCCACUGCUUCUAUGUUACUGAACUCCAGCUCAAAUAAUAUAAUUAUUGAGGGUACGGCUGGCACGCCACCUGGCGUUAAGGGCAUAUUGCGCGAUUCAAGCUUAACAGAUAUGCGACGACGAUUCGAAAAGGACGAUGCAGAAAAUCAGGGUUUGGAGGAUAAGAAAAGUGUACGUUUCAAUUUAGACGAAACGAAAAUACGAGGAUCCCCAGAGGAGGACCAAAGCAGUUCGCGCAAAAUAACUCAAAGCCCAGAAGCAUCAAUGUAUUCAGAUGACGAUGACGUAGAAGAUGAUGAUCCUUGGGAUGAUGAUAAUGACGACGGCAAUGAAGGCUGCUUUGGGUACGAUGUACUGGGUGCUGAAGGUGGUCUUCCGCGUAGUCUUAAUCCAUUCCUAAUGAAUGAUGAAGCAAAAAGAAAGGAAAUACAAAUUAUAUCGGUACCUAAGGCACAAACAAUACAAAUGCUCAAGGCACAAAGCUUUUCUAUGGAUCUGCCUGAACGUGAUCGUGCCAAACUUUCAGAGUUGGCCCGCUCACAAAGUACUGAAUCCGGGAGCAUACCGCAACCAGUUUCUGUAGUAAGCUACCUCGAAAAAUUGAAAGACAAUUCUACAACGAUUAAACCAAUGUACGAGGACACAGAUUCUGAAUCAAAAGGCAGUUCCGUACGAAGUUUUAUUAUAAACAAAUCCGAACAGGAUUCUGUGAAUUCAAUUGUGCCUGCCGUUACUCCGUUUGAAGGUGAUGAAAAUGUUACUAAAAAUAAUCGUGAGCUGGAGCAAACCGAGACCAAACCCGGAACGGAGAAACCCGUUUUGCGUACAUUAAAGGUGGCGUCUAAACUUGUUAGCUUUCUGAAAAAAGAUACUGAUAAAGCCGAGCAAGAAACUUGUGUUCAAACACUAAAUGACCGAGAAAAUGACAAAGACUACGAAAUUCAAAAACAAAAGGCUGAAAAAGAAAAGGAGGCAUUACUUAAAGAGGAACGUGAACGUUUAGAGGACCAACUUCAAAGAGAAAUCGAUGCCAUCAAGAUUGACCAUGAGCACAAGCUCGAAAGUAUUCGGCAAGAAUAUGAUUCUCGCUUGACAUCACACCGACAGGAAAUGGAACAAACAUUUCAAACACGCUUGAAUGAGUAUCGGGCGCAGUUGGACGAAGAAUUGAACACAAAACGAAAAAUGGUUGUAGAUGAGCACAAAGCUCAUAUGGUUACGCUACAAAAAAAUCACACCGAAAUUUUACAAGAUCUAGAGAGAGACUUGAAAAGCGAAGAGGAGAUCAUCAAAAAGGAACAUACACGUAAACAUUCCGAGAUGCGUGACAAAUUGGGGCACGAAUUAGAGUUGGAACGUCAGCGUAUGCGUGAAACAGGUGAAGAUAGAUUGUAUGAAAAGGUGCGUUGCGAAAAGCGUUUAUUAGAAGAUAAGUAUCGCUGUUUAAAGGAGAAAUAUGUGCGUUUAAAAACUGAUGUUAAACUAUCAUUGGAACGUCGCAAUCGACGACGCGAAGCCCAAGCGCUACAUCAACAAAGUCUCCAUACAAAUACUACUACUACAGGUUCAGAGACGGAAAGGUCCAUAUCAAACAAGCCAUCUAUCGGUAACAGCGAGAAUCGUUCACUUUCUUUAUCGACUUCUUGCCAAGAACACGGUGGUGUUGGUAGUAUCGGCGCAGUCCCUCAUACAAUAUUGGGCAGUAAAAGCCCAAAACCACCAGUGCCACCUAAAACUCAUCUAACGCCUGUCACCGGUAGCAAAGAGCAUUUAAAUUCUGUGGUCCGUGAGCGUUCAAAUGAACGUGGACAGCUAUCAAUAACACGGAAGCCGGGCAUAGCUUCAAAAUAUAUUAAGCACUUGCAAGUUCAAGAUGACACAACUACUUCGAUUAGCCAAUCAGACACGACUAUAUCGAACAAUUACAGCAAGGGCCGUUACCUACCAGCACCACUAUUGAGCGAUAAUGGAAACUCCGAUUCAGAGGCUGCUUUCCAAUGCAAUCAAGAGAACAAUAAUAACGGACGUGGCAAUAGCCAACGCAAGAAAAUAUUUUCCCGUUUGAAGUCCGCUUCUACAUCACGUUUAAAUUCGGACAAUUACAAAAACGACCGACCUUGCACACCGGUUGAGAAUUUGCGUCAUCAGCUACAGAAGCUAGAAGAUUUAGAAGAUCAAUUCCCUGACAAUACACUGGACACUACUUAUCAUUUACGCUAUCCAUUCUCCGAUAUAUCCAACGAUCGUGCCGGUGCUGGCAAUAGUUCAGAGCUUGAGUUUUUUAAACACCGCAUACAUUUGGAGCGAGAUAGUGUGCGACGUGCCAAGGAAUCAUUACGCACACAGCGUACUAAUUUCCGUUCACGACAACGUGAGAUCAAACAGCGUCAUAAGGCUUCCACAACACGUCAUUCAUUGGACCAGCUUAUACAAGAGGAAAAGGAAUUGACUGAAAUGGAAGUAAAUUUGCACCGCACACGUGCGCUACUCGGCGAAAAGGUUAUACGCUUACGUCACUUGGAACAAAGCCUUUUAAGAAUUUACGAAAAGGAGAAACCCACCAUGGAUUUGCUGGGCAUAGAGCAGAAAGACGAUGCCACGCUAAGCGAUCUUUCAUCACAUUCAAGCUCAGGUUUUAGCAGCACAGAUUUCGCCAGUGGUGCCGAUACACACAAUUUGCACAAACGAAAAGAGAACUAUCAUCAGGAAUCAACAGAAUGUAUACAAAAUCUAGAAAUUCUCAAUGCGGAGAUUCGGGAAAUUCUCGAUAUACUUGGAAAAAGUCAACAUGGAGGAAUACCCAUGAUCUCACCCUCCGAGUUGAAUUGGUCACACAUGCUAUCAACCGGUAUCAAUUCAGCUCCCACACCACCAACAAAUCUUCAAAAUGCUGGCGCAACCGCUACGCUUAUGCAUGCACCACAAUCCAUACCAACACUAGCUGAUCGCUUGGAGACAUAUCGUCAACUUGCUACUGGACGCAUGCAAAAUUCAAUGGGCGGCGCUAUACUCGCGGCAAAUACAAUAGUUUCGCAAAGUCCACGCGCCGUCAACUAUACGACCAGUCUAGUGGAGCGCACCAGAGAUCUACGCAAUUGGCUGCGACAAGCCAAAACAGAGCACGAAUUACUAACUGGCGGUAGCAAUAUUGUUCUACCAAUGCAGCAUAGUGGCUUAGGUUUGACAGGCAGUGCCUUGGGUGUGAAUACGGUGAGCGUUCUUAAUACUAGGGAAUGUGGCGGCAGUGUUAAUGGCGCUGUCGGUGUUGGAACGACAGCCACAACUGGAGGAGCCAGCGGCACGGGUACACAGACUAAUCUAUAAUUAGGAUACAAUGUUUUCUGCUGCUGGCGCAGUUAGGAACUCAAGAAGUGAGACAUGUGGCAUGUGUGCUCUGAGAAUAGUGUGGUAGAUGUACAGCUAAAUAUAGAUAAAUUCGAGAAUUUUCAUGAUUGUUCGGCUGCUCUAGUUGCUCUAGAAAUGUGAGUAUAAAGAAAGUCUAGUUGCAAAGAUCAAACUACUUUAUUAUAGAAACUAUAUAAAGUUUUAUCGGAUCUCUAUUCAAAACCAAAGAUAAUCGUUAUUGAAACUAAAAGAUUGAAUAUAAUAGUUGUAUUUGUAAUAAAAUCACACCGAAGUUAUAUAAUAAAUAAAAAAGUAUAGUUCUGGUGCCAAAGAAAUGUAUUUGCUUGUGAAGGGAAAGAUAAUGUAGUGGACAUAUAGUUAAAGUUAGAGAAUUUUGGCAGAAACUCAUUUUAUUUAGUAAAUAUUAGCGAAAUUCCAAUUUAAGAAAAUCAUCACAACAAUAAUUAAUUACUUAUAAAAUUUAAAUAUAAACGAGUGAUAUGAUAUUAUUUUAGCUGUUAGUAAAGCCAAGCCAUUUCUUUGCAUAUUAUAUUAACUAUUUAUUUGAAGAAAUAAUCUAAAUAUCUGAAUGUACUAUUUACAUAUAUACAUAAAUCCAACGACUUAAUAGUUAUAGUCAGAAUUGACCCAAAAGUAAGAUCCACAUGAAUUUGAAAGUUGUCCUUAAAACUAAACUAUAAAUUUGUUAUACGUUACAAUAACGAUUUAUUUUAUAACGAUUGGAGAUGGUUAGUACCCAAAAUAUGACGAAUAUGAAAACACAACAUUUUUAUUAACUCACAAAGGGGGUACUACUACUUCUAGUCACAGAUAGCACAAAAUAUUUAACUCUUCAUAUGAUUAACGCUCUGAUUAUUCUUAACCUUUUCUAAGUUAUUCUGAAUUUAUAUAAAGUGAGUAAAAUAAUAUUGAAUUUACACAUCUGUUGCCGAAUUUUACAUUCUAUAUUUAAGGACCAACUUAAUGUGCAUACAAAAACGCUAAAUUUGUAAUUGAUAAGCAAACCUGGAUUGAAUCGUGCUUUUGCAAAGU